CUGUGGCCAGAUUGAGCAUCGACGUCGCCUCGGUGUAGGUUUGGGUCACAAUGGAUAUAUAGAUGCUUUACAGCCCAAUGUCGUGAAAAAAAAAAAGAAAAAAAAGAGGGAAAGAAAAUUCAUCCAUCACAAGUGGAAGUUUACAUCGACUGCUGUUCAACUGGCGUCUGUUCUGCCUCAUCAUCACCUGCACACAUACGCAAACACAUACACACCAUCGACAGGAGUGACACCAGUCCUCAUCAUAUACAAGAACAAUCACUUUGCCAAAUCACCGCCCUUAUCACACAAUAAGCCAUAUAAGUAUAAAGACAGCAUAUGGAGGGCUCCAGGCCAUUAUUCGAAACCACCGACUCCAUCAUCGAAGUCCUCUGGGACAUCGCCCUCGCCGUUUUCGUCAUCCGCGUCUCCUUCUACUAUUUCCUCCUCACCUUCCUCACCAGCCUACUCCUCGGCUACAUCGCCUAUGCUGAACUCAUACCCAUCACCACCUUCGCUCACUUUGUCUCCUCCUCUGGCCCCGACCACAACAACCGCAUUCUCUGCUUGACCAUCCUCCUAACCAUCACCUCAGCAGUAUGGGCUCACCUUGUCCUCCGCCACUAUGAGGUACCCCGCGUCGCCUAUUUUAGGUUAGCCAUCUGCUCCAUGGCGCUGGCAUUCAUGGUCUCGGCAGAGAUGGUGGUGGCUUUUGUACUGUAUGAGGAAGGGUACGGAGGGUGGAUCUGGGAAGAGAUAAAGAGCGUGGCAGGCGUGGCUUGGGGAGGUUGGACGGUGAUGUACGCAGUGAUGCCAGUGUUGCUCAUGAGGGCGGAGAAGAGGAUGGAGAAGAAGAUGGAUGAUAGAACAGGAGGGCUGCGGCUGCGGCUUGGGUAUUAUGGAUGUAAGACGGUACUGCAUAAGUUACCGACCAUCAACGAGGAAAAGGCGGUGAUGUAGUGGGUUGAACUUUUGACAAGUAGAGGCUGGGAGGCGUUGGCAUGGGGUCUACAAGAAUUGGAGGUUGGGUGGUUGAAUUGGACUUUAUGAAUAUUGAGAAUCCUUGGAAUGAUUGGGAAGCGAUGAAGCUAUCUUAUUGUCAUUGAAAGGGUCAUCAUGCAAUCCUGCAAUAGGCUGGGAAUACGCUACGUUGUGUAGAUGGGAAUUCAACUGCUGACAGAGCAGUGUCUCUCUCAUUCAAUUGGCAUGACGUGGAGGGAUAUUCAGAGCUAUCGCCCUGUUCCACCAAAUGCUCAUGUCGUUGGAAUGUGGCACUUUACGCACGAUAGCACCGUGUAUUACAUGUGUGAGUUCCAAACCAGUAUCAGGAAUUUAAGGAGGGUUUGGAAUCAGGGCAUUUCACAAUGAUACCCUUUUUUUUUUUCCCCUCUUCGAUGACUUUAAGAAAUAUGGACGGUACUAUAGA